UCUCCCGAGCUGCUCGCGCCGCCCGUUGCCCUUGGGGUGGCCGCUGAGCGGGGCCUGGUGCGGCGCGCGGUGUUUGUGAGUCCCGCAGCCAUGGUGAAUUUUGCCCAAGCUGUGCGUGACCAUUGGGUUCACAUCCUUGUUCCCUUGGGAUUUGUGGUUGGAUGCUAUCUGGACAGAUGGAAUGAUGAGAGGCUGUCAGCCUUCCGAAACAAGAGCUUAUUGUACAAGAGGGAGCUGAGACCUGGCGAAGAAACGACAUGGAAAUAAAGGCUGUUGAUGAAUGGGGAAAUAUUUUUGCUCGGUUAAUCACCUUAUCUCAUGCAUUGAAAUAAUAUGAUUAUGUUUUUAUCUUGAGAUCAUACCAAGCUACAGAGAAGAACACCUACAAUUUGUCACUGCUACUUUAAUUUCCAUUGUUGCUUUUUGGAAGGUGAUUUAGUUACAUAGCUAAGUUGUAUCUGGGAAGCUCACAAACGUUGAGAAAUGCCCGCCCCCAGAAGUACCAUUCUGGAGUUGGGGGAGAAAAGACUUAAUGUAAUAAAGAAAAAACUAUGCAAAAA